CUGGGCGAUACGGCGGCGCCAUUUGCCCUGGGUGACCUGGUCAUCGACUAUGCCCAGCGCAGAGUGGAGAUUGCCGAUCAGCCCGUCCAUCUGACGCCCAUCGAAUACGAAAUGCUGCGCGUACUGUCGCUGAAUGGCGGGCGCCCGCUGACCCACGAGCAGUUGCUGCGGCGCGUUUGGCGCGUUACCCAUUCCGGCGAUCCCCAGGUGGUUCGAACUCACAUGCGCCGUCUCCGGCGUAAGCUGGGCGACGACGCCGACAGCCCAAGGUAUAUCUUCACCGAACCCAGAGUGGGCUACCGCAUGCCCGAGGCGGAGGUCGUGGAUUGA